AACGGCCACAAAGGCAGGCAACCGCUUUGCAUCCUCCUGUCAGUGACGAAAGGCGAGCUGAGCUCACGUCGUCACCAUGGAGCCCCAGAAUCUGCUGGCAGCGUCUACCUACAUCAAUAACCUUCUUCUUGCUCGCGGUCUGCUGAAGAGCGGAAGACCCAUCGAGUUUGCGAGCCCGGAAAAUGAAGAGGGGGGCACGGAGGCAACAAUGGCGAGGGUGAUAAACCUCGUCAAUGAUCUAGUAAUAAGGAGAGACCGCGAGGCCGAACACCGAGAGAACCUAGCGACUACGGUCCGGACGUUAAGAGCGACGGAGUCACAACAAACCCUGGAGAUUGGAAAACUCAAAACGAAGGCAACAGAGUUAACCAGGUCCCUGGCCCUUGCAGAUGCUCAGGAGCGCGCCAUCAAAGCUAGUUUUUCAAGCGCUGAGUCGACGAUCCGGACCCUCAAAGAACAGAUCCAACGAGUUAAGGCAACCCUCACUCAAGUCCGGGCACAGUGCGCCAAUGAUAUCCGCAAGCGAGAUCUGGAAUUACAAAAAUUGAAGUCUCACCUGGCCGACCGGCAGAGAGGAAAGCGGGAUGGGCUAGGCGUGACAACAAUCAAUAUCAAUCCUAUUGCCGAACGAAGCUCUAGGCCAAGGUCCGUCCUAGGGGGUGAAGGGUUGAACUGUCCGGGGUACAGCCUGAAACAAGAAACAACCGAGUUCUUGACGGAAUUAUGCCAGAAUCUUAGCGAUGAGAACGAUACCUUGAUUGUUCUUGCUAGGAAUACUGUCCAAACGUUGAAAGAUCUCCAAGGCUUGCCUCAAACCGAUGAAGAGGAAGGGAACCCCACCAUAUGCUCAAGCGCUGGGCCACAGAAGCCUUCGAAUGGCCCCGUAACGACACUUCCGGCAUCAUGUGAGGAACUCUCGGACCAAAUGAGCAUCGUUCUCGAGCAUUUGAGAACGCUGCUCACUAACCCUUCCUUUGUUCCUUUGGAGGAAGUGGAGAUGCGUGACGAGGAGAUCAAGAGCCUGCGUGAAGGCUGGGAGAAGAUGGAAAGCCGCUGGAAACAAGCGGUCAUCCUAAUGGACGGCUGGCAUAAACGCAUUGCGAACGGCGGAGAUUCAAUACAGAUUGAUGAGCUUCAGAGGGGCAUGGAUCUUGAUCUCCAUUUAAGCCCGAAUCUUGUGGAAGCAACAGCUGAAAUGACAGCUGAAAUCGAGACGACUGCUCACCCUCCGAUAUUCAGUGACGAGACCUCGGGUGAACCAGGGAAUGACCGCAAAGACGCCGAAACCGAUGAGGUUUCUUCCUCCAACGAGGCUUCGAAGCGAUCUAAAGAACGAAAGACUUUGAAGGUUCCCAGCCGUGCCUUGAAGGAGCGAAAUGAUAACGUCCGGCCGGCGCGGUCACCACGAAAGGUCUCAUUUACUCCCGGGCUGCAAGGCUCGCCGUGCAACCCUGUCAGCGAGGAGGAUGAAACCCUGCUUGUCAAAGCACAUAAGUCCGAGGCCGUGACUCAACGGCAUGGGAAGAAGAAGGCUGACACGCAGAAACCACAGGACGUGCAAGUAUCCCAGCAAAUGAGCAUAUUCCAGAAGCUGGCAGCUGUGGAGGAUGAAGCUCGAGCGGCCGAGCAGGCCAGGAAGCAGUCAGAAAGCCGCAAGAGAGGCCGAGGUGCUGUCAAAAGCACCGUUCGACCUGCUGCAGGGCGACGCCGCAGCACACUGACCCACGAUGAACUCGACGAGCUAAUGGGAGUACCAGCCCGCUCAGAGGAACCGGCAUCAGUUUUCCAUGGCUGGGUUGCCCACAACGCCACCGACCCUCUAAAAUACACGACUUUCACACCCAAGCCCUUCACCGACAGCGACAUCGAGAUCCAAGUCUCGCACUGCGGCGUGUGCGGGACGGACGUGCACACGAUUCGCUCCGGCUGGGGCCCGACGCGGUACCCGUGUGUCUGCGGGCACGAGAUCAUCGGCACAGUCACGCGUGUCGGGUCGAGUGUUACAUCAUCGCAAGAGUUUCGAAUCGGGGACCGCGUCGGGGUGGGUGCGCAGAGCAUGUCGUGUCUACGCGCGGACUGUGAGGCGUGUGCGGACGGGAGGGAGAACUACUGUCCGCGAAUGACGGGGACGUAUAACGCGCGGUACGCGGAUAGUAGUAAAAGCCCGUCGUAUGGCGGGUUUGCGACGCACUGGCGCGGGCCCGCGCACUUUGUGUUCAAGAUCCCCGACGGAUUACCCUCUGCCCAGGCGGCGCCGCUGCUCUGCGGCGGGGUGACGAUGUUUGCACCGUUGCGCAAGUACGGCGCCGGGCCUGGAAUCUCUGUUGGGAUCGUGGGCGUCGGCGGCCUGGGACAUAUGGGGAUCCUGUUCGCCAAAGCGAUGGGGUGUGCGCGGGUGGUUGCCAUUUCGCGCACGUCGGGCAAGCGGUCCGACGCACUGGAGGGGCUUGGUGCAGACGCGUUCAUCGCCACGGCCGAAGAUGCGAACUGGGCCAAGGCCAACUCCCGCACGCUCGACUUGAUCAUCUGCACGGUUUCGUCGCCGGAUAUGCCGUUUGCGCAGUACCUGCGUCUCCUCAAAUUGGAUGGCGUAUUCGUACAGGUGGGCGCCCCCGAGGAACCCCUGCCGGCGCUGAAUGCCUGGUCCUUGAUCCAGAAGGGAGUCAAGGUCACCGGGUCGAGUAUCGGGUCGCCGGGGGAGAUUAGGCAGAUGCUGCAGCUUGCGGCGGACAAGCGGGUGAGCCCAUGGGUCCAAGUGCGGCCUAUGCACGAGGUCAAUGAUACACUGGCAGAUAUGCAUCACGGUAAGGCCCGUUAUCGGUAUGUGCUUGUUAAUAAGGAGGCGCAGGCGAGGUUGUAG